AUGGCCGACAGGUCCAGAGGAGGCUACCACAGGGCGGAUAAUCCGCCCAGCAUGGCGUCGUCACGGCCUUCCGUGCUCACCGACUCGAGCAGCGGCUCGUCUUCGCAGAAAUACUACACCAUGCCCGUGCAGCAGGGCGGCUAUGCCAAAGGCGCAUAUGGACCAAGAUCAGCGCCCGCCGCGCCACUCUUGACCGACGACGACGACGAGGAUGACUACCUGUACAACGACAAGGCGCUCGACAAGCGCUCGGGCACCUGCAUCAGCACCAGAGGUAUGCUGAAUGUCUUGACCCUCAUCCUGCUUGCUCUGGGCCUACUCGCUCUCUUCCUGGGCUAUCCUCUCGUGGUGGUGCUCAGCAAAGUGUUUGAUAGUAUCGACAUCAACCCAAAGAGCCCAGAGCGCCUCACUGCGAUCACACAGCGCGGUCUCCUUGACCCAGACACCCCGCCAUCCGCUAUGAGGCGCACCUCCCCCAUCGACGGCAGUGCCUGGCACCUCGUCUUCUCGGACGAGUUCGAGCAAGAGGGCAGGUCUUUCUGGCCAGGCGACGACCCUUACUGGGAGGCCGUCGAUCUGUGGUACUGGGGUACCGGCGAUCUCGAGUGGUACUCACCAGAAGCAGUCAACACCACCGGCGGUGCUCUCGUCAUCUCGGUCGAAGAGAGGGAGACCAACAACAAGAACUUCCGUUCCGGAAUGGUGCAGUCUUGGAACAAGGUCUGCUUCCAGGGCGCAUACUACGAGAUCUCGGCGCGUCUGCCCGGAAGCCACACCGUUCCCGGAUUCUGGCCAGGCCUGUGGACUCAGGGCAAUCUGGGCCGUCCAGGUUACGGCGCCACCAACGAGGGCAUGUGGCCGUAUUCGUACCAAGGAUGCGACACGGGCGCCCUGCCCAACCAAACAUACAUCAACGGAACCGGGCCGCCCAAAGCUCUCGACGCAAACGGCCUCUUCUCGGCAUCGUACAACAACGAGCUCUCGUGGCUGCCAGGCAUGCGAUUCACCUCGUGCAAUUGCCCCGGCACCGAGCACCCUGGCCCCAACCACCGCGUUGCAAGGUCCGCUCCCGAGCUCGAUAUCCUCGAGGCCAAGAUCAACGUCGCCGGCGGGCACGGAGAGACCUCGCAGUCGCUUCAAAUGGCUCCGUUCGACGUCGAUUACUACUACGGCAACAGCACGGCGGCUGGCGACAUUCGCAUCUGGGAUGCCAACACCGAGCUCAACUCGUACAAGGGUGGUGCCAUCCAGGAGGCCGUCUCGGCGCUGAGUCAAGUGCCGGAUAUCGCGUACGAGAAUACGGUGGGUGGACGCUACGUGACAUUCGGCGUCGAGUACUCGCCCGACUGGAACGAGAAUGGCGACGCAUCCGUCACCUGGUACAUGGACGGCCGUCCGAUGUGGACGCUGAAUGGGCAGGCUAUUGGCCCGGUGCCCGAGCUCGACGUGAGCCAGCGCCUGGUGCCGACGGAGCCGAUGUUCAUGAUCCUGAACGUGGCCAUCUCCGAGUCGUUCCAGGUGCCCGACUUUACGCAGCUCGAGUUCCCGGCGCACAUGUACGUCGACUACGUGCGCGUCUACCAGCGCGACGGCCAGCCCGACCGCGUCGGGUGCGACCCCGCGGACCGCCCCACGUACGACUACAUCGAGAACAACAAGGAGAUCUACUACAACCGCAACAUCACCGAGUACCCCAAGUCCAAGAUCCCCAAGAACCGUCUCACGGGCUGCUGA